ACAUAAAAAGCAACACUUUCAGUGUGACCAGCAGAACAUUGUUACCUUGAUAUUGGCAUAAUUUGAAAUUGAAAUAGUGGUCACACUUCACUGCGGCAUUUCCAACAACAGAAAUAUGAACAGCGAACUGCGUACCAAAGUAGAAGCGGCGUGUCGCACAGCCGAAGACUUCACACGUCUGUACUAUGCCUCCCUGGACAAUCGGCGACAUCAAAUGGGACGACUGUACAUCGAUAGCGCGACGUUCAGUUGGAAUGGCAAUGGCGCCACUGGACGUGAAACAAUUGAACGCUACUUUGAAGAGUUGCCCUCAUCGCGCCAUCAACUGACCACGCUGGAUGCGCAACCGAUUUUGGAUGCUGCCGUGGGCAAUCAGACCACAUACAUUAUCCUAGCCAGCGGCACAGUGAAAUAUUCGGAUCAGGCUGCGCGCAAUUUUCAGCAAUCGUUUGUGAUAACGGCCGAGAAUGAUAAAUGGAAAAUUGCCUCUGAUUGCUAUCGCCUGCAGGAGCCGUUAUAAAGCGCUUACAAAUCUAGCUUAAAAUUAGUUUUAAUUAGAUUUAAACGCAUUAAGCUUAAGAGAGCGAGAGAGAGAGAAAAAACUAGAAAUAAAUGUUUUUCGACU